UGCCUACUUCGUCUGUUGAAAACAGCAAACAGUUUGAUGAUGAUAAAAGCAAUGGCGGUUGCCUUAUCUUCUCCCGGCGUCGCCUUUCAUCUUCGUUCUCCGGCGUUAUCUUCCAACUUUCGGAACCAGAACGCUAGUCCUAGUCUUCUGUCUCUUCCAACUCAUCGUGCUUCUCGCUCUGUACUUGUUUUUGGUCGUGGGAAGAACCGAAAGGGAUUCGUUUCCUCGUCUUCUUCGUCUCCAAAGAAGAACAAAAAGAAAGGUUUUGGGAGAGAUGAUAAUGGAGGAGGUGAGGCGGAGGCGGAGGAGGAUGAUCCAUUUGAGGCACUGUUUAAUCUACUGGAAGAAGAUUUGAACAAUGAUAAAUCGAUAGAUGAUGAGGAGAUAAGCGAGGAAGACUUAGAUAGACUAGCAGCAGAGUUAGCUGAAGUAUUGGGUGGUGGUGACGAUGUUGAUGGUAUUGACUUGUUUGGUUCGGUUACUAGUGAUGUUGCUGAUGAUGAUGAUGAAGAGGAUGAUGAUGAUGAUGAUGAUGACAGCGAAGAAGAAGAUGAAAGACCGGUGAAGCUGAAGAAUUGGCAGCUUAGAAGAUUGGCUUAUGCGUUGAAAGCUGGGCGCCGUAAGACUAGUAUAAAGAAUCUGGCCGCUGAGCUAUGUCUUGAUAGGGCUUACGUUCUUGAACUGCUACGUGACCCGCCUCCAAAGCUUCUAAUGCUAAGUGCUACACUGCCAGAUGAGAAACCGCCAGUAGCAGCACCUGAAAACUCGUCACCACCUGAUCCGAUGGAAUCAUCAGCAGCUGAAGAUGCUGUAGAGGUCGAACCAGUGGAAAAGGUAAAAGAUGAAGCGGUCCAUGUGAUGCAACAGAGAUGGUCUGCUCAGAAGAGAGUGAAGAAAGCUCACAUUGAAACAUUAGAAAAGGUUUACAGAAGAUCUAAACGACCCACUAAUGCUGUGGUUAGUAGCAUUGUUCAAGUGACCAAUCUUCCAAGGAGGCGUGUUUUAAAGUGGUUUGAAGAUAGAAGAGCAGAGGAUGGAGUUCCAGAGAAGCGUGCUCCCUAUCAAGCUCCGGUUUAGUUUGAUGUUUCAUAUUCGAAAAUAUAAUGAGCUCCCGGUUCGGUUUGGUUUUGUUUCCUUCCUUUUUCAAAAUUAAAUAAAUGUAUUUGACAUUAGUACUGAAUCAACAAUUAUUUUUAUUUUAAUAUAUUUCACA